AUGUCGUCAGGUCAAUUCCAUUCUUACAGUGAAUCAGGGGACCUCCUUAACAGAGGUAGAUUGUCAAUAGAACAAUUGAAAAUAUUCAUUCAGAUGUUGCGUCAAUCGUACAUUCAGAGGCCUCCGAGAGCCCACACCCCACCUCCGAGCCCACCUCCUCCGCAGUCCGCCCCUGAACCCCGCCCCAAUCCAUGGUCAAUUGACUUUAGCAUUGAAUCAGAGACUUCUGUAUCUGAAGAAACAUCAUCCACAGCCCCUCCAUAUGAUCCUUGGCGAGUGAAUCCUGAAGACUCGGAGGGGGAGAACAAUUCUGAUAUCCCAGAUUCAUCUCCUGCACAAUUCCUGUGCAGUAGCAAAUUAAGCUCGGUACUAGCUCGGUGCCAAUUAGUCUUAAGGAUACUAUCAGCACCAAGUGGCACAUGGUAUCAGAAUUACCAUGAUAGCCUGGUUCGUACACUAGUUCCAGAUCUGUUCCUUCUGCCAAGAGGACCCGUCGCACAUGGAAACAUUGCGGUCAGAUACCUCUCAAGGACAAGGAACAUUGGCGCGAAGGACGAUGAAAUUCCAAUGUGUUAUGUUAUCGCAGAGCCCCCAACGGGCAACGGCAAGAGGUUUGUUGUGACAUGUGGAGAUGAUAUCGGGACCGUCUACUUUACGAAGGUGGCGAAGAGGAACGACGCCAUUAUCACGACAAGGGAAGAUACAAUAGUUCGCAAGUUGAUUCUUGCACUGCAGACCCACUCGUAA